UUAGGGUUGGAUCAAUGGUGCAAGGACAAAUUAACUGUUGUAUUUAAAUGUUAAUUAUCGUCUCACUAAGCGUGGAUCAAAAUUAUUGAUCCUGUCAAUAGUUAGUACAAUCAUCUCUGCCCAAUUUGGACAACAAUCAGACAAUUGGAACACAACAAUGAAUAAAAUCUGUGCUCUUUAUAAAUACCAGUCACUGUUUUUUUACCGUACAUGUUGUCACAAAUAAUCUUCAUUGUCAGGAUUUAUUACAGUAUAAAAUAAAUUUCAAGAUAUUUUGAAGAUUUAAAAAGUCUGAUCCUUUUUGUAUUGAUCAAUAUUUGUGUCUCAUGUUUACACUGCAGUGUUUAGAGGAAAUGACUUCUGUUUGAGGGAAACACAUCCUGUGUAUGUAGAGAAAGUCUGUUUGUUAUCAAUCAGUCUUAUGUGUGUAUGAUGUAGAUUUAUCUGCACUCAGCAGGAGAUUAAAUUUCACCUCAAACUUUUAGGAGGAGGAAUAUUUUGGCAGUGUAUAAGGUGCCUCUGUCUUAAGUUUAAUGACUUUUACAUGUGCUAGGAGUUAAUUAGACUUCACAACAAUUUGUGUGUUUUAAUUUAGGAUUUCGUUGAUUAUUGUUUGUGAUCUAUAUUCACCAUCUGGAUUGAGUAUUGCUAGUGUGUUGAAGUAAUUAAUUUCCACUUUGAUGAACUUCUGACAAACAACAUGGCUGCCAGUACACCUAUGACACAAUCAGGCACAGGUAGAGGACCAGCUCCACCACUACCAGAGAAACCUCCUUCGGUGGCAGAGAGGACAAGACUUCUAAAAUCAAGUUUUCGUAAGGAUGAUGUUGAUAAACCAAAAGUUAUAGCUUCAAGUCCAAUAGUAGAAAGAGCAGCAACACUACCACAUGGUCAUGAGACAAAUGGGGAUAAAUCGGAGACUCCUUCUCCUGCUAGUAGUGUGGGGUCCAUGACUAGUGUAGGGGUUAAGGCCUCUACUCCAGACUCAGUUAAGGACUUGCCACCAAAGCCGGCAGUAAGUCCACCAGCUUUAAACGCUAAGCGGGAAGCAUUUUUCAAAGAUGCACCAAAAUUUGAUCCAGCAGCACGAUUUGCAGCAGAUCGUGAAAGACGUGAGGAAAGAACUAGAGAACCAGUAGCUUCAAAAGAUGAUGAUAGAGAGAAAGAACACCAUAAAGACAGAAAACACGGAGGAGGAGAUACAGGAUCUAAAGAAUUGGAAGGAUAUGUUGGAUUUGCUAAUUUACCGAACCAAGUUUAUAGAAAAUCUGUUAAAAAAGGAUUUGAAUUCACACUAAUGGUAGUUGGUGAAUCAGGGCUUGGAAAAUCAACACUGAUUAAUUCAUUAUUUUUGUCUGACUUAUAUAGUAGUGAUUAUCCAGGACCAUCACACAGAAUACAAAAAACUGUUAAGGUGGAUACAACACAAGUAGUACUAAAAGAAAAUGGUGUACAGUUAAAGUUAACGACAGUAGACACACCAGGUUUUGGUGAUGCUGUGGAUAAUAGUAACUGUUGGCAGCCAGUAAUAGACUAUAUAGAUAGCAAAUAUGAUGAAUAUUUGAAUGCAGAAUCACGAGUCAACAGAAUCACAAAUGCUGAUACUCGAGUUCAUGUGUGUUGUUACUUCAUUGCACCUACAGGUCACGGAUUAAAACCAUUAGAUGUAGAAUUCAUGAAACGCCUUCAUGAUAAAGUCAAUAUCAUCCCCAUCAUAGCCAAGGCAGACACAUUAACUCCUGAUGAGUGUCGAGAAUUCAAGAAAACUAUAUUGAAUGAAAUUGCUCAACACAAGAUAAAGAUUUAUGAAUUUCCUGAAUGUGAUGAUGAAGAGGAAAACAAACUACAGAAAAAAAUGAGGGACCGAGUGCCUUUUGCAGUUAUAGGCAGCAACAGAGUAAUAGAAUCAGGUGGAAAAAAGGUCAGAGGUCGACAGUAUCCAUGGGGUAUUGUAGAAGUGGAAAACUUAGAACAUAAUGACUUCAUCGCAUUACGGAAUAUGCUAAUCAGAAAACAUAUGCAAGACCUUAAAGAUGUAACAAACAAUGUACAUUAUGAGAACUUUAGAUACAACAAACUAGCUCCUACUUCAGUUGAUGGAAAUAAAAUUAAACCAGGAUCAUUAUCAAAAGAUCCAUUAACUCAAAUGGCUGAGGAGAAACGAGACCAUGAUAUUAAGAUGAAGAAGAUGGAGGCUGAAAUGGAACAUGUUUUCGAAACUAAAGUCAAAGAAAAAGAACAAAAGCUUAAAGAAUCAGAAGCAGAUUUGCAAAGAAGAUCAGAACAUACAAAGAAAAGUUUAGACCAACAACAGAAAGAAAUGGAUGAUAAAUGGGCACAAUUUCAAAAAGAGAAGAAAGCUUGGGAAGAAGCAAUGGGAAUUUCAGGAUCAAAUGAAAAUAUUAAAGAUUUUAUCAAAAACUCUCCAAGCUCACACAAGAAAGAAAAAAAAGGCUAUUUUAGUAAAUGAUAAUUUAUCUAUGAAGAGACUAGCCAUUGGCAGUGGUUGCUAUGGUAACAGUAUUGUUUUUGUUGGAAAUGGAUUAGAUUGCUCACAUAACCAUAGAAACAAUAACAAAAGGUGCUGAAAUUUUGCUGCAAGAAAGUAGUAAGGAUUCUAUAGUGUUGACAGUAUUAAGGAUGGCCAAAGACAUUGAUUUAUACAUGGUCAGAAUCAUCUUAUCUUUGAUUUGAUUCAUCCAUGUUCUCAAUGGUUUUUGACAUGGAAUAAUUCAUUUAGUUAGGUCAUGUAAGUUUUAAAAUCUAUGAUAAAGAUUCAAGAGAAAUUCCUGAACCUAGCACCAUUUUCAUAGUUCAGGAUAAUUUAAUGCAUUAGUGAUGUAAUAUAUGCAUAAUAAACUGCUUGUUAAAUUUAAUUACAAUGAGACUUAAGUUCAUAAUUCUGUUUCUAACUAAGUAUGAAAUAGUUGGUCUUAUUAUAGGAAAUUAAUUAAGUGCUAUUUUUGUGCAAAAAUAUUACACAAAAUGUCUUUACAUUUAUAAGUUAGUACCCAUAGGUUAAUUAGUUUUCAUUGUCCCAUAAUUUAAAUGUUGCCUUUACAAUUUUUACUUCAAAAAAUAUUUCAUUGUUGGUAUUUCUAUUAAAAAUAAUACAAAACCAUUUGUAUAAUUACAUAUUCCAAAACCUUUGGAAAAUUAUUUGAUACCACUAUGUGUUUCACGAAAAGCCUUUAGACCAGUCUUGUAGUUUCACGAAAAGCCUUUAGACCAGUCUUGUAGUGGUUUACAUCUGAUUUUGCAUUUCUCUCAUAGAAAGUUUCAAACUGUCUUUAUAAAGGCUAUGUAAACAUUCUUUUUUAUGUUUGUCAUCAAAAGAUAUAUGUGUUGUUUUAUAUUUUGUAUAAAUGUAUUGUUUUAAUGUAUUUAUUAACAUUCUGUGUCAAAAUAAGAUUUUGACAUUGUUUUAGAUCAGCUAUGAAGUUUAUAGAGAUAAUAUAGAUAUGUACUUAAAAUUCGUUAAAUUUUGCAAGAGUAUUUCAUGUUAAUGCCCAGGUCAGAGUGAACAUCUCAAAGGAGGGAUGCCUAGAAAAAAAACCAGAAUUUCUCCUGUUUUGUAUCAUUCAUGAGUCAAUAAGUGUGUUGAUGUCAAAUUGAUAAAUUUAAAUUUUAUUAUAAAACUCUUGCAAUGAUUUUUCUUCAUUUUGUGAUAAUUUAAUGUCCUUACAAUUAGCUUGUACAUGUGUAUGAUUUUGCAAUAUUAUGUUAGGAAGGGGGACACUUAUCAAGUCUGCAAAGGUCAUCAAUGUCCAUCUUUGCUUCCUCUUAUUUUGUUCAAAUUAAUUAAGUGAAUGUCAGAAGAUCAUUUAACAGAAGUUUAUGUUGAGCUUUGUAUAAGCAAAAACACAAAUGUCAUGUUAAAAAAAAUAUAAAGGUUUCACAUGUAAUAAAAAAAACUAUUGUCUCUGCAUAAACUAUAUGUAUGUCUUAUUUUAUUUCUUACAAUUGAAUGGCAGGAAUUGUAAAUAUAUCUGAUUAUUAUAUAUUUAUAUCUUCACUUACAUUGAAUAUCUUCAAGUUUUAAGUUAUUUCAUGUAUUCAUGUAUUUUUAUUCUGGUAUUCCUGGUGACCAACUCAUUACUCUAAUGGAAAGUUCAUUUUCAAAAUUCAAAGAUUGUUGCUUGCAAUGUUGAUCUUGGAUGGCAUUCAUUAGCAUUUUACAUGUGAAUUACCAAAAUUUAAAAUAAUGCAUCAUAAAUCCUUAUUAGCUAUUAGUAUUUGAAUAUAGGUAUAGUUUUAACAAGCACAGCAAAAUAGAUAUUUCAAGAUAAAAUUUGCAGUGUAUGGGUACAAAUAUCAUGUAAAUGUAUAUCAUUGUAUGAGUGAGCUAACACCUCCAAGAAUGCAAUUCUCAUAUUGCUGAGGAUGGUAGCAGUAAUGAAAAAAUACAUAAUCAAAUUGCUUAGCUUUUUAGGUUUCUUUUUUGCUUUGAACACUUUUUUGUUGUUGUGGACAAAAAUUUUAAAUUGAAUUUAAGCAGUUACAAAAAAAGUACACUUGAUUCUUACAAUUUAAAGUAAAAUUUAACAGUUGCCACAUUUUUAUACGACCGCAAAAAUUAAAAAUUUUUUGGUCGUAUAUUGGUAUGACGUUGGCGUCGUCGUCGUCGUCGUCGUCGUCGUCGUCUGGCGUCGUCCGGCGUCGUCCGAAGACACAUUGGUUUUCGCACUCUAACUUUAGUUUAAGUGAAUGGAUCUCCAUGAAAUUUUACCAUAAGGUUCUAUACCACGAAAGGAAGGUUGGGAUUGAUUUUGGGGGUUAUGGUACCAACAGUUAAGGAAUUAGGGGCCAAAAAGGGGCCAAAAAUAAGCAUUUUUGUAACUUCCAGACAAUAACUUGUGUGUAAGUGUAUGGAUCUCUCUGACAUUGUACCACAAGGUUCCAUAUCACAAAGGGAAGGCUGUUAUUGAUUUUGGGGGUAAUUGCCUCAAAAUUUUAGGAAUUAGGGGCCAAAAAAGGGGCAAAAAACAAGCAUUUUUCUAGUUUCAUGACAAUAACUUGUGUGUAAGUGUUUGGAUAUUUCUGAAAUUGUACUACAAGGUUCCAUAUCACAAAGGGAAAGCUGGAAUUGAGUUUGGGGGUAAUUGCCCGAAAGGUUUAGGAAUUGGGGGCCAAAAAGGGGCCAAAAAUAAGCAUUUUUCUAGUUUCCAGACAAUAACUUGUGUUCAAGUGUAUGGAUCUCUCUGAAAUUGUACUGCAAGGUACCAUACCACAAAGGGAAGGCUGGGAUUGAGUUUGGGGGUGAUGAAUCAUAAGGGGGUUCAAAAAAUUUGGGGGGGGGGGGAUUUUUUUUUUUUUUUUUUUUUUAUCUUUUUUUCCUUUUCUUUUCUUUUAAAAUUUUCCAUUUUAAGUUGGUUAUUUCUGAUUUAUAUUUAAAAGCAAAUAAUAAUGAUAUGGUAGGAGAUACACACCAAACAGAAUGUGUAAAUUAUUAUAUAAUAAGUAUUGUGCAAUAGCAAGAAAUUUUCAAUUGCACAGUAUUGCACAAUAGCAAGAAAUCUUCAAUUGCACAGUAUUGCACAAUAGCAAGAAAUCUCCAAUUGCACAGUAUUGCGCAAUAGCAAGAAAUAUCCAAUAGCACAAUAUUGCGCAAUAGCAAGAAAUUGUCAAUUGUACAGUAUUGCGCAAUAGCAAGAAAUAUUCAAUUGCACAGUAUUGUGCAAAAGAAGAUACUUCGUAUAAAUUGCUUAUUUCUUGAUCAAUUUCAAUAGGGUUUUAUUCUUGAAUUCUUGGGGUUCUUUAAUAUGCUGAAUCUAACCGUGUAUUAAGUUUUUGGAUUUUGGGCCCCGUUUUUAAAUUGGUCCACAUUGAGGUCCAAAGGGUCCAAAAUUUGUUUGAUUUCAUCAGAAAUUGAAUUAUUGGGGUUCUUUGAUAUGCCGAAUCUAACCGUGUAUUUAGAUUCUUAAUUUUUGGUUCCGUUUUCAAAUUGGUCUACAUUAAGGUCCAAAGGGUCCAAAAUUAAACUUUGUUUGAUUUUAACAAAAAUUGAAUUCUUAGGGUUCUUUGAUAUGCUGAAUCUAAACAUGUAUUUAGAUUUUUGAUUAUGGGCCCAGUUUUCAAGUUGGUCCAAAUCGGGGUCCAAAAUUAAACUUUGUUUGAUUUCAACAAAAAUUGAAUAUAUGGGGUUCUUUGAUAUGCUGAAUCUAACCAUGUAUUUAGAUUUUUGAUUAUGGGCCCAGUUUUCAAGUUGGUCCAAAUCGGGGUCCAAAAUUAAACUUUGUUUGAUUUCAACAAAAAUUGAAUAUAUGGGGUUCUUUGAUAUGCUGAAUCUAACCAUUUAUUUAGAUUUUUGAUUAUGGGCCCAGUUUUCAAGUUGGUCCAAAUCGGGGUCCAAAAUUAAACUUUGUUUGAUUUCAACAAAAAUUGAAUAUAUGGGGUUCUUUGAUAUGCUGAAUCUAACCAUGUAUUUAGAUUUUUGAUUUUUGGGCCCCGUUAUCAACUUUGUCCACAUUGAGGUCAAAAGGGUCCAAAAUUAAACUUUGUUUGAUUUCAACAAAAAUUGAAUAUAUGGGGUUCUUUGAUAUGCUGAAUCUAACCAUGUAUUUAGAUUUUUGAUUAUGGGCCCAGUUUUCAAGUUGGUCCAAAUCGGGGUCCAAAAUUAAACUUUGUUUGAUUUCAACAAAAAUUGAAUAUAUGGGGUUCUUUGAUAUGCUGAAUCUAACCAUGUAUUUAGAUUUUUGAUUAUGGGCCCAGUUUUCAAGUUGGUUCAAAUCGGGGUCUAAAAUUAAACUUUGUUUGAUUUCAACAGAAAUUGAAUUAUUGGGGUUCUUUGAUAUGCCGAAUCUAACCGUGUAUUUAGAUUCUUAAUUUUUGGUUCCGUUUUCAAAUUGGUCUACAUUAAGGUCCAAAGGGUCCAAAAUUAAACUUUGUUUGAUUUUAACAAAAAUUGAAUUCUUAGGGUUCUUUGAUAUGCUGAAUCUAAACAUGUAUUUAGAUUUUUGAUUAUGGGCCCAGUUUUCAAGUUGGUCCAAAUCGGGGUCCAAAAUUAAACUUGAAUAUAUGGGGUUCUUUGAUAUGCUGAAUCUAACCAUGUAUUUAGAUUUUGAUUUUUGGGCCCCGUUAUCAACUUUGUCCACAUUGAGGUCAAAAGGGUCCAAAAUUAAACUUUGUUUGAUUUCAUCAAAAAUUGAAUUCUUGGGGUUCUUUAAUAUGCUGAAUCUAACCAUGUAUUUAGAUUUUGGAUAUUGGACCAUAAAAGGUGAAUGUCCAAUUUAAAAUUUUUAAGUUCUUAGACCACAUUCAUUCUGUGUCAGAAACCUAUGCUGUGUCAAAUAUUUAAUCACAAUCCAAAUUCAGAGCUGUAUCAAGCUUGAAUGUUGUGUCCAUACUUGCCCCAACUGUUCAGGGUUCAACCUCUGCGGUCGUAUCAAGCUGCGCCCUGCGGAGCAUUUUAUUAUAACAGAAAUGAUAAAUGUCCUCAAAACUGACGAAAUCCAAAAAGUUCAAGAGAGUAAUAAUUCACACUUGGUCAUUAAAAUAUCUUCACAGUUAUGUCUACUAUCAAAAGUUAUACAUUUAUCAUAUUUUUUUAAAUGCUCUAAAAAAGAGCUUUCAUAAAGAAAAUAUUUAUCUAGUCAAACUGAAAUUUGUAAAAAUGAUAUGCAUAUGGGUGUUUCCAAUAAUUAGUAUGUAUAAAAAACAUAAAAAUGUCCUAGAAAAAAAUGAUGUUACUUUCUUAUAGGUCUAUGAUAAUCAAAAUAGCAAUUUUUCAUGGUAUCCAGUGUUUAUGGUUUAUAUACUUCAAUAUAAAUGAAAUUUGCACACUUCUUUCUCACCAAGUUAUGUAUACAUAUAUAUACAAAUGUAUAGUCCAACUCUGGCAUGAUUUUAUAGAUCAAUUGUAAUUUCAUAUCCUUGGGCAAUUGUAUGUGUAUGUUAUUUGCUAAAUACUAUUUUAAAACAAGGUUUUAACAAAAAAUGAGUGAGGAUUUUCUUCUUCAAAACUUUAUUCAUAGGAAGUAUGAAAUGUUAUAAAUUUUUUUCUCCUCUAAAAAAUAAGAGCAGUCCUUCUUAUUAAUUCUUACAGCUCAUAUACCUCUAUUUAGUACAGAUGACACUCAUUGGUCAAAUAUUUAAAACCAUAUUGAAUGUUGUCUGAAUUUGAGAUUAAAAUGUAUUUAAAAAAGACAAAAAUUUUUAAUUCAUUGAUUAAUACAUCACCAUGCCUUUUAUGCAAGUCUUCCUGAAUAUUUUGUUAAACCAGUCAGUUUAUAAAACAAUAAUGAGUUAGUUUUGUUGAAUAGCUUAUUUUGCUUCUUUUUCUAUGCAGAAACUUCAUAUGUGAACAUUUCUUUAUUUUUUGUUCAUAUUAAUUUUGUACUUAUUAUAAAUGUUUUAUUGUAAUAAAAUAAAAAUAAUAAAAACAAACUUUAUAAAA